AUGGAACCAAUUCACGUACCCGCGCUGACUGCAAAGGAGUUGUCAUUUCAUACGCGCGAGUUAGUAAAGCGUCAUGUAAUUGAAUCCAUCGACCGUCACCACUCCGUUCCACUCGAUGAGUUGCUGCAGUGUUCGCGCUAUACAUCGAAAGGUCGUAAUUCUGUGACUGGAACCCGCUUCUCAUGCAUCAGUAUGAUCCCCGAUUAUGGGAUCAUUGGAACGACCGUCCGCUUCUUAGACGUCGUCCGUGCAAGCGACCACUGUACCUUUAUGCUGCUCGUGGACACUGGCAAAGAGCAGUUCGUCGUACAGAGGCGCUAUUCUGAAUUUCGAGAGUUGCGACAGCAGGUGUUGCGUAAUGCAAAAGUGGUGGAAACAGCAGCGAAAAAGGGACGCAAGCGUCAAUGCCCUAACGGUGCAUGUCAAUUACUUGCACAGCAACUUGCUGUGCUCAAAUUCCCGCGACGUAAGUUAAAGUUCGGGCUGCACCGUGACGACGAUAUCAAGACUGCGAGAGAGCGACAAGCGCCGCUGCAGCAUUUCAUCGAGCCACUUCUUGCAGUGUACCGCAUGGCGCCGAAGCGCCAAGUGCGUUGCUGUGUCAACACCGACUGUCGCGUACUAAACGCUGUCCGAUUGUUCUUGGAUAUUAGAGACUUGGGCGAAGAAGAACUGGCUGGCUGGAAAUCAAAUAGCCACGGCACCACUUGUUCCGACGAAGUCUCAGCGCAGGAUAUUCCACCAUCCGUGAUAUCUAGCGUAUCACCGCUUAGCACCGCGGAUACCGAACCGAAUGAAUCACCCAGUCCAAGAGACACCUCAGUGACGUGUCUAGACGAACUCUACACGAUUAUGGAGGACACUGAGCACUCACUGGACAUGAGAUAG